ACAGACGACGAAUGGCAUGAAUGGUCGUCGAAUAACUUUGGAUUUACGCACGAAAAUGGAAAGCAAAUUGUCCUUUCAAUUCUUGAAUUUGUACCUGGUUUGAUUUCCAUGUUUGCAUAGGGACUAGUUGUACAUUUAGACUACCUCAUGGCUACUAUAGCAGCUUCCAGAAUACAACGGGAGCUCCGGGAAGUGAAUGCUGACACGGAGCUGAUCAAAGAUGAUGUUUCAGUGGAUCUUAUAGAUAACUCUUCAUUCUUAGCACUUAAAGGAGAAAUCCCCGGACCCAAAGAUACACCUUAUGAAGGCGGGACAUUCCAUCUUAAAAUAGACAUCCCAGAAACGUAUCCCUUCAACCCUCCACAGGUGAGCUUCACCACAAAAAUCUGGCACCCGAAUAUAAGUUCAGUUACAGGAGCAAUCUGCCUGGACAUCCUUAAAGAUCAAUGGGCAGCUGCCAUGACUCUCCGUACGGUGCUACUCUCAGUCCAAGCCCUACUAUCAUUACCCGAGCCAGAUGAUCCACAAGAUGCAGUUGUGGCGCAGCAGUACAAAGAAAACCAAGAUGCUUUUCAGAGAACAGCGAGGCACUGGACAUGUGCCUAUGCCGGAGCUAAACACAGAAGCACAGAACUAGAUGAAAAAAUUGAAAGAAUCACCGAAAUGGGUUUUGAUGAGUCAACUGCAAGGGACGCCCUAUCAGCGACGAGUUGGGACGUAGAGAAAGCUGUCGACCGGUUAAUGAGUUGAUGAGAAGAUAUCUCUACUCUGUAUAGACAUUAAUCACUACACGGCCAUCUUUAUCUGAGUCCCAAUAACCUGUAAUGAAUAACUGUACUCCUCCAUAACGGGCGCUUGACUAAAUUUCACUCUUUUUUUGAAUUGGGUAGUACAUCAUUCAAAUCUAAAGUCAGAAAAUCAAAAAGUGAACAUUGAGGAAAUUUGUGAUUUUUUUCUAAAUAACCAUCUUUUAUGGAUUGAUGAGCUGUUUAUAGACCCUUUGCAUAUGACAUCAAGCAUCGCCCUCAAUGUGGUCAAGGGAAGACCUCUGAUUGGCUGGUUGUUGUGCAAUGCGCACAGUGCGACAUUACUCGGGAGUCACAAAACUUCUAAGAGGAUCUGUACUUGAAGGAAGAUAGACAGAUAGUACAUGUGCACGUUUCCAUUGUUUGUGCUCAGUGAUGGUGACAUUUGCAAGUGGUCUAUUUCUGAAGCUCAGUUUUGCUUUGCUGGCCCUCGAUUUUAGCGAAAUGGCAGCGGGUACCAACCACAUCUCUGGCUGCAGCAUUCGCAAACGGACACCAACCCCCUUAGAAAUCUGAGAAAUUAUUCUCAGGUACCAAUGAGUGAAAAAUUAUCUAAAACAAUAUUACUUCAAAGUGAAUCCUUUCUCAAAAUAGUUUAUACUACUAACAGCUGCAGCGCUUCUCACCCAAAAAAUUUCUGGUCAUUAAUAUUUUUUACCAAUCCAGGCCUCAAAUUUACCAACGUCACUGGUGCCCUUUGCUUUUGCUGGGGUGCCUUUUUUAAAGUUACAACACACAUUUACAUUUCCUAAAAGAAGUGCCUCCCAUCAGAGGAAAAUUGUUGUGCCCCUUCAAGGCCAGCCAAUCCAUGACCUUAUGUUUAAAGAUAAAUUUGGAAGCAACACAGGAUGGCGUCCCUGUGAUAAAAGUUAAUUUCUCUGCCUCAAGGCCUUCCAUAACCAGCCUCGCUACCAUGGGCAGCGCGCCGUAUCGAUACCUCUCGUCACUCACCCCUGGGAGGCAUGUACUGGGAAACAACGCUGAUUGUCUCAGGAAAUGGUUAUAUGCAUAAUAUGUCAAGUGCGUGCGCGCGAAGUAGUUUUGUACGUUGAUCACGCCCGCGUUUUUUAUGACACAAACAAAAACAUUCUUUAAGACGAAAGCGGAGCGUGCGCGUGUAGAAAAUAUUGAAUAAUGAAUAUGUAUGUUCAUUAAUGGCUCAUUUAAAUGUGCUAGCAUAUAGCACAUUUAAAUUU